AUGUACGACAGAUACCCAGGCUAUCCUCCCAACGACAGCUACGGCCACUACGGCGGCUACCAAGGUCCUCCCCAACCUGGAUAUGGUGCUUAUGGUGCUUAUGGCGGCUACAAUGGCUACAAUGGCUAUCCUCCUCCACAACAAGAAGAAGGUCAAUAUGAUGGUUAUGGCCACAAUGGCUACGGAUACAACAACCAAGCCAAACGCGACAUAGAAUACGACUUUCAAGAAGCUUCUGAUGCUGAAACACCCGACCAGAGCGAAAGAGCCUUUGAUUCCAACGUCGAUGGCUACAAUUACAGAUACUCCGACUGUUCUGGCAAUAAAAAGGCCUUAUUGAUUGGUAUUAAUUAUACUGGUUCAAAGGCCCAACUAAACGGUUGUAUUAACGAUGUUCAAAAUGUCAAAGAGUUCCUCUUAAGAAAUGGCUACUCAGAAGAAAACAUGGUUAUAUUGACUGAUGACCAAAGCAACCCCAGAGCCAUUCCAAUAAAACAAAACAUAUUGGAUGCAAUGGGCUGGUUAGUCAGUGGUGCAUCUCCUAACGAUUCAUUGUUUUUUCAUUUCUCUGGCCAUGGAACCCAACAAGAAGACACAGAUGGUGACGAAGUUGAUGGAUAUGAUGAAGCCAUUGUUCCAUUGGAUUAUGAAGAGAGUGGAAUGAUAGUUGAUGAUGUUCUCCACCAUACAAUGGUUAAACCAUUACCUGAAGGUUGCAGAUUGACUGCAUUGUUCGAUUGUUGUCACUCAGGCUCAGCAUUGGAUUUGCCAUACACCUACUCAACCAAGGGAUUGCUNAAGGAACCAAAUUUGGCUGAAGAAGCUGGACAGGGACUCUUGGAAGCUGUCCAGUCCUAUAUGGCUGGAGAUACCACCUCUGCUAUGAGGUCUAUCUUUGGUGCUGUUAAGGUUUUUAUGAAUGGCUCAAACGAUGAAGCUCACGAGAAAACGAAGAAAACCAAAACCUCACCAGCAGAUGUCAUCAUGUUGAGUGGUUGCAAAGAUGAUCAAACAAGUGCCGAUGCAAGUAUCGGUGGUGAAGCUACUGGUGCAAUGUCCUAUGCUUUUAUGAAAGUCAUGAAUAGUGGCAAACAACAAUCAUAUCUCAGUUUAUUAAACAAUACAAGACAAAUUCUUGAGGGUGAAUAUAGUCAAAAGCCCCAGUUAAGUGCCAGUCAUCCAAUUGAUGUCUCUCUCAAAUUUUCAUUUUGA